CAGCUUAAUCGACAGACUUUAACUAAACGAGAAGUUGUAUUUCGAUUCUUCGAAUGGAUUAUUCUAUGACUAAACGUAUCUUUGUUACUCGGCAAAUAUCACCAAAGGCGGUGACUAUGUUAAAGAAGAGGUGCAAUGUUAUCAUGUGGGAAAGUGAGGACCAACCCGUACCAAGAAAUGAACUCUUAAAAAGAAUUGUGGGAUGUGACGGACUGUACUGUCUUCUAACAGAUAAUAUUGAUGUCGAGGUUAUAGAUGCUGCAGGGCCUAACUUAAAGAUAAUUAGCACAAUGUCUGCUGGGUUUGAUCAUAUCGACAUUGUUACCUGCAAGCAGAGGAACAUUACAGUUGGCUUCACUCCCGACGUUCUCACAGCAACAGCAGAGCUUACUGUCGCCCUCUUGCUAAUGGUUUCACGGAGAACAGUCGAAGGAGUCAAUAUCGUAAAAAGUGGCGGUUGGGGUAGCUGGAAGCCUAUUUGGAUGUGUGGUUCCAGCUUGUCUGAUAGUACCGUCGGUAUCGUCGGCUUAGGAAGAAUUGGCCUUGCUGUAGCAAGAAGAUUAAAGCCAUUUGGUGUUAAAAGAUUUUUGUAUAAUAACCAGAAUCCCAAAUCUGAAGCAGACAUAAUUUGUGCAGAGUUUGUUUCAUUUGACAAACUUUUGAGAGAGAGCGACUUUGUGGUUAUUUGUUGUCCGUUGACCCCUGACACUAAAGAAAUGUUCAGCCGACAUGCCUUUGAAAAAAUGAAGUCAUCAGCCAUUCUGAUAAACACAAGCAGAGGGGGUAUUAUACAACACGAUGAUUUGUACCAAGCAUUAAAAACUGGUCAGAUUAAAGCCGCAGGACUGGAUGUGACCACGCCAGAACCAUUACCUAGUGAUCACCAACUUCUUAGUCUAACAAACUGUGUUGUCCUUCCCCACAUCGGCAGUGCAACUGAAGACUCAAGAGAUCUAAUGGCAGUAUUAGCAGCGGAGAACCUGCUGGCUGGACUCGAGGACUUGCCAAUGCCCCAUGAAGUAAAUAUAGGGGUGGAAUGA